CAGACAACUAGUUCCAAAAGUGUUUGGAAAUCCGCGGUGAUGGAGUGGGUUACCUUAGUCCUGUCCGCGAUUGUCGUGCUUAUUUCUCUUCGUCUUUUCCUUGUGAAAAAUCCUCCAAACGCUCCUCCGUGCAUAAAGGGAUGGAUACCGUGGUUUGGUGCAGCGUUCGAAUUUGGCCAAGCACCGCUACAUUUCAUUGCACAAGCAAGAGCCAGAUAUGGGCCGGUCUUUACAGUCUUGGUGGCAGGAAAACGGCUGACCUUCGUUACCGACCAUGAAGAUUUUCAAGCAUUUUUCAUGUCCAAGGAUGUCAAUUUUGAGCAGGCAGUGCAAGAGCCUGUCCAGAACACAGCAUCGAUCAGCAAAGAGAGUUUCUUUAAGUUCCACGCGGCUUCCAUUGCCUUGAUCAAAGGCAAACUGACUCCAGGCAACACAGCCUUGCUGGCCAAUCACCUGUGUGAAGAGUUCAACAAUCAUCUGGAGAACUGGGGAAGCAAAGGUUCUGGCUGCCUCAAUAACCUGCUCAGGAAUGUCAUGUACCCAGCUGUGAUGAGCAACCUUUUGGGUAAGUGCAACUCCCCUAAUGGCCCCGCGGCGAUACAAGAGUUCGUCAAGAGGUUCAGCACCUAUGAUGAUGGCUUUGAAUAUGGCUCCCAGCUCCCCGCCAUGUUUCUGAAGGAAUGGUCUAGCUCCAAAAAGUGGCUUUUGUCUCUGUUGGAGAGCAUGAUCAUCAGAGCAGUGGAUAUCCCCUCUAAUGAGAGCAGAAGUGAGACAUUGCUGCAGUACCUGGUAACCAUAAUCGCAGACAAAUUUCAACCCAAUUAUGGAUUACUUAUGUUAUGGGCCUCCCUUGCCAAUGCAAUACCAAUAACAUUUUGGGCCCUUGCCUUUAUCUUGUCCAAUCCCGCAAUAUAUAAAUCUGCCAUGGUCCAGAUCAGCUCUGUCCUCAAAGAUCGAGACAAGAAGAAUACGAGGGUGUCACUAGAUGACCUGCAAGAGAUCCCUUAUGUGAAAUGGUGUAUCAUGGAGGCCAUUCGCCUUAGGGCUCCUGGUGCUGUCACUCGCAGAGUGGUGCGACCCUUUAAACUCCAGAACUAUAUCAUUCCAUCAGGUGACUUGUUGAUGUUGUCUCCUUUUUGGGCUCACCGGGAGCCCAGAUACUUCACAGACCCUGAGGACUUCAAGCCUGAGCGAUGGGAGAAGGCAGAUUUAAGAAAGAAUGGCUUCUUGGAAGGGUUUGUGGCAUUUGGAGGAGGCAAAAACCAAUGCCCAGGAAGGUGGUAUGCAAUAAUGGAACUGCACCUGUUCGUUACACUCAUUCUCUACAAGUUUGAAUUCACUCUUCUGGAUCAGGUGCCUGAGCCGAGCCUUUUGCACUUGGUUGGAACACAGCAGCCUGACAGACCCUGUACAGUGGAGUACAGCCAUAGGUAGAAUCAAGCUAAAAUCAAAGAACACUACAUGUGCUUUUCAGAACACUGGCAGGAGUAUCAGUGAGGGAAAUAGCACAUUUUAAAAUAGUAAACAAGUGUGGUUUUACUUUUUCAGAAAGGACACAGUUGAUUUUGUCAGACUUCGCAGGGUUAGAUAUAAAUGCAGUUGUGAAUGAAUGGAAGCUUUCCAGAGGAUUAACAUACAUUUACAUCAUACUGGUAUGAAAUACCAGCUCUCAUUCACCAUUAGCAAUGUUAUAUUUUUUAGUCAAGCUGCAAUUGCAAUUGACAUUGCUGUACAAGUCUUAACAGGAGACAGGUGAAUGGGGGAGUGUUUUGCAGUUGUUAGGUGAAAAGUAUUAAAAUUUUUAACAAACCAAAUAACUUUUGCUUUUUGCUUUUUAUUUACAACCAUUUGCCUGUUUAUGGAUGAAUAUAUGCACAGUGCAGUUUUCUUAUCCAUGCACUACCUUGUCACAG